AUGAAGUUCACUUUCGCCCUCGCUGCCAUCGCCCUCGCUGCCAACGCGAUCGCUCCUGCACUUGCUCUUCCUGAGCCUGCACCAGCCGCCGCUGCCCCCACAGUCUACAGCGGGGAAGCUGCACGAAGCCUCGAGAGGCGCACCAAUAGUGGCACGGUCAGAGUCGACGGUCUCAGGUACCGCAGAUGCCCAAAGACCUCCUGCGACGCUGUGGGCCAAUACUCGAUUGGAACCCACAUCACUAUCGUCUGCUACACAAGGGAUGGUACCACUGUCGUCAACGGAGACGCUGGCUGGGCCAAGCUCACCAACGGAUACUGGGUCGCCCUCGCCAAUGGAGAAUAUGUUUCCUGGUCCGGUUCUAUCCCCUACUGCACCUGA